CGACGAAUUGACAGUGUGACAGCCCUAAAGCCCCCACGGACUAUGCGGGAACGCGCCUCAAAGUCCACGAGUUUGGCCCCUAAAUAGUCAAAAUGUCGGGUCACAUAAAUCCGUAACCUCCCUACAAGUCGCUGUUUAUUGCCGUCACAGUCCGCAUGCUCCAGUGGGCUCCUCGCACAUUCAUGUAGUUGAGCAGCGCCUAACAAGUCCUUUGAAACUACAUUGACAAGAUGGCAACUAAAGCGAAACGACCUAAGGUAGAUGAUGGUUCAGAGAUUAAUCCGCUGCAGGACUUUCUACAGUGGUGCAACAGAGUCGGCUUGUUACUCAGCAAAAAGGUGUGUGUGAGUAAAGAGGGAACAGUGGCCGAGUACGGGAUGCUGGCUAUGGACAACAUCGAGGAGGGAGAGGUUUUAUUCACCAUCCCCAGAUCAGCUCUUCUCCACCAGGAGACAACAAAGGUCUCUGUCGUGCUGGAGAAAGAGAGGUCAUCUCUGGAGAGCUCGUCCGGCUGGGUUCCCCUGCUUCUGGCUCUGCUGUAUGAAUACACAUCUUCACAGUCCCAUUGGAAACCCUACCUCUCUCUGUGGACCGACUUCAAGACACUGGACCACCCCAUGUUCUGGUCUAAAGAGGAGAGAGACAGACUGUUGAGGGGAACGGGUAUUCCUGAGGCUGUGGACACAGACCUGGCCAACAUCCAGAGGGAAUACAGGGACGUGGUCCUUCCCUUCAUCACCAAGCAUCCUGACCUGUGGAACCCUGACACACACACACUGAAGCUGUACUCACAGCUGGUGGCCUUUGUCAUGGCCUACAGUUUCCAAGAGCCACAGGAAGAGGAGGACAGUGAAGAUGAUGAGGAUGACGAAGAGGAGGAGAAGGCCCCAAACCCACCGAUGAUGGUUCCCAUGGCCGACAUGCUUAAUCAUGUGUCCAAUCACAAUGCAAAUCUGGAGUUUACACCGGACAGUUUGAAGAUGGUUUCCGUGUGCCGCAUUCACAAAGGCGAGGAAGUGUUUAACACCUACGGGCAGAUGGCCAACUGGCAGCUGCUGCACAUGUACGGCUUCACAGAGCCGUACCAUAGCAACGGCAACGACACCGCCGACAUCCCAAUCACCAACCUCUACAAGGUCGCCAUGCAAGGUGCUCAGUCUGAUCUGCACCGGCAGCUGGUGGAGGAGCAGUGGGAGAUGCUGGGUCAGAUGAUGCAAGAGAAAGGAGCCUUCGUCUUUGGCAAACAGGGCUGCCUCACAGACACAGAGCUACAUACUGUGCUCAAGGUGCUGUGCAUGUCGAGGGAGGAGUUCUCAGAGUUCAAAGAUAAUGAAGGAUGGGAGGAAGAUGAGGAGGAAGAGAUCUCCCUCGCUUUCUCUAACGAGGGUCUCUCUGGAUUAAAGGCUUCGUGGAAAUGGCUGAUUCAUGAAGCAGCCCAUCUGACUGUGAGGUCCUAUGGAGACAUGGAGGAGGGAGAGGGUGGUGCUAAGAGCGACCAGGAACUGAUGGAGGACAAGGCAGCGUUUGAAGGACUGAGCAGCAGGAAGCAGAAAGCCCUGCAGGUACGCUGUGGACAGAAGAGCAUCCUGCACAGACUGAUGGAGCUCACCAAGUCAUGACUCCAGCUGUGAGCCAGACUACUGGAGCUUUUUAUCUCAAUGUUGAAACUAGAAAUAUCUAAAAUCGCUGUCAAUAAAUGU